AUGUACGGACAGCUUCGGGUAGCUCGAUCAAGAGCAGUACGCUCUCUUCCCCAGCGACGAUGUCUCGCUACUCCUCCUCCGCCUCCUCCUCCGCCUCCUCCUCCUGGAUCAGGUCUGCCCCCUAAACCACCUGUGAUACUCAACGCCACUCCUACUCGUCCAGUAUUAGUCACUCCUGUCACCCCCAUUACUCCCUUACCUGGAUCAUCGACACUCGCAGCUGGACCAAAAACAUUACCUCCUCCCCCACCACCUCGAAGACCCCGAAGGUUCUUGAGAAAGUUUAUCAUUUACACUUCGUUGGGAGCAUUGACCUUCUACGCUGGAUCAGGUCUCGCCUCAACCAAGUUCGAAGGAUAUAGGGAAUUCUUCACAUCUACUUUCCCUGGUGCAGAGUCAGUGGCUGAUUAUGCGGAUGAUCAUCAUUGGGAAUCGCUUGGUUUAGGUUCUGUAUCUCAAAAAGCAGUACAAUCAUAUAAUUCAGUAACUGGCAAAGAAGAAACUACUAGUCAAAAAUUAGAAAGGAAAUCAUCUGAAGCUAGAAAAGAAUUAACGGCGUUGAGUGAAAAAGCCAAAUCUAAAGGAACUGAAUUGAAAGAUUCUGUUGAAUCUGGAUUGGGACUCGGAAAGGAAACUGCUGGUCAAAGAGUCGCUGCUAAAGCUCAUGAAUUAAGAGAUAAAGCCGUCAAAGUUACUCAUAACGCAGAAGAUAAAAUUAAAGAAUUAGCUCAUGAUGCGAAAGAAAAAGUUGAUCAAGUAACAAAAGAAGUUCCCUUUAAUCUCUCAGAAGGUGUAGAAGGUAUAGUUAGGGAAGCAGAGAAAGUUUUAGGUACCACUGAAGAUAAAGCUAAAUCUGCUCUCAACAAAGCCGAAUCAAAAGCCGGAUCAGUGUUGGAUAAAGCAGAAUCAAAGGCUGAUUCAGCUUACAGCAAAACUCAAAACGCAAUUGGAAGAGCAGAAACCAAAGCCGAAAACGCCAUCCACGACGCUGAAGCAAGAGCUGGAAAUGCAAUUGAUAAAGCUGAGCGUAAAGCUGGUGAAUUGGCUCAUGAUGUCAAAGAAGCGGUUACUCCUCAUGCUACCGAAUACGAAAAAGCAGUUUCACCAUACACCCAGAGAUCAAGAGAACUGGACCCUACCAAUGUUACUCCUCAAAAACCUUCUUUCGAAGGAAAGAAGGUGUAUAAUGGACAACCUCUACCAUUAGGUUUCGAACCUCCUCCCGGAUACUAUAUUCCCCCUCCAGCUAAACCAGUCUCAGAGAAGGUAGAAGAUAAAGUAGAAGAAGUGAAACAGACUUUACCCUUAUUAGUACCUAAAGUGAAAGAAUUCGCUGCUGAAGAACCUAUCAUCUCUCAACUUGCUUCCACCAUCGAUUCUCUUACUGCAUCCCUCUCCUCACCUACCACUUCACCAAGUGUCGAUGCUACUGGUAUCCUGUCCAAAGCUCAAGAUGACUUGACAGCUUUGAACAAACGAUUGCAUGAUGUCAAAGCCGCAGAGAAAGAGAAACUUGAGAAAACCGUUGGCGAAAAGACAAAAGAGUUUGAAGCUCUUCUGAAAGGUAAAGAAGCAGAUUGGACUAAAUCAGAACAAGGGUUGAAAGAGUCAUGGGAAAAGGAGAGAGAAUCUUUGAUUGGAAAAUGGAGAGGUGAGAUGGACGGCGAAUUGGAAAAUCAACGACAGGGUAUCGAGCAGAGAUUGCGUGACGAAGUCGUAUCUCAAGGAAUCGAACUUCAACGAAGAUGGUUACGUUCUAUCAAGACUCAAGUAGAGACAGAAAGAGGAGGUCGAUUGGCCAAACUCGAUACCUUGACCACAUCCCUCAAACAGCUUGAAAGAGUCACUCUUGACAAUUCAGCUCAACUCGACGACAAUGUUCGAUUGCACAAGAUUUGGUCUGCUUUGAGAGCCGUUCAAAGUAAAGCUGAUUCAGGAGAUGUUUCAUUUGAUGAAGAAUUACGAGCAUUGAAAUCGUUAUCAUCGCCUUCAUCACCUGAAGGAGGUGAGACAGUGAUCACAACUGCUUUAUCACAAUUAGAAAAAUCUGGUAUACCGCAAACUGGUGUCAAAUCGUUUUCAUCUUUGUCAUCUUGGUUGACGAAUACUGUCGCACCAAAAAUACAUUCCUCUUCAUUGGUACCUCAACCUGAAGAAGCUACCGUCAUAUCGCAUGUGGCUUCAGCCGGUUUAUCGAAAUUGUUGUUCAGACCUUCUCCAGGUAAGAUUGAAGGACAAAACGUCGGUGCUGUUUUGGCAAGAGCGGAAUGGUGUUUAUCUGAGAAAGAUUUAGAUGGUGCAACGAGAGAAAUCAAUUCAUUGAAAGGCUGGCCAGGUAAAUUAGCAAAUGAUUGGUUAAACGAAGCUAGAAGAAAGUUGGAAGUUGAACAAGCUCUCGAGGUCGUCGCUACUGAAGCUACCUUGAGUUCAUUAUUAUUGGUUUAA